AUGUGUUCUGGUUUUGUGUGUGGUUUGGUGGUUAUAGUAAUUGGCUCCGCCUUAGUAAUAACCAGUACUAUUGUUGGAUUUGUAGUUGUUCCAAAUUUAGUCAGAGAUGGUAUUCUCAAUGAAGUAAUAUUACUAGAUGAUACAAUUCAAUUGCAAAGAUUUGAAGAAAUACCUUUCCCUUUAGAUUUCAAAGUACGAAUUUUUAACAUCACCAAUGCAGCAGAAGUUAUGGAGGGUGCCGCACCGGUGCUCACUGAAUUAGGACCUUACGUAUACAAAUUGUACUCGACCAGACAAAUAGAAGAGCGGGAAGAAGACAAAUUAAGGUACCGCAAGCUGGAUCAUUUCGAGUUCGAUACUGAUGCCUCCUUUCCGUACACCGAGAAUGAUAUAGUCCAUGUAGCCAACGUGCCUUAUCACGGUGUUCUUCAAGUGGCAGAGAGCCGUUUUCCUGCCGUCAUGACGAUUUUAAACGAAGCUUUGCCCGAAAUUUUCGGCGAGUACAGCAAACCCAUCGUGCCAGUCCGCGUGGGGGAUCUCCUUAUCGACGGCAUUCCAAUAUGCAAGAAUCCGGGCUUCCUUGGCACUAUCGCUUGUAUAACCAUAAGGCAAAUCAGCAACAAUAUUCAGAAUAUGGCGCCGCAACCAGAUAGCUCGAUCAGUUUCUCCUUCUUAGGAUAUAGAAACGGUAUUCCUGGUGGUGCGAUGAACAUCUACAGAGGCGUAAAUAACCCAGAGGACCUUGGACGUAUUAGUCUGUUUGAAGACAAUCCCCAGCUACUAUACUGGACUGAACCUGAUUCAAUAUGCAACAUGAUAAAUGGCACCGACUCCGGUUUAUUCAAUCCCUUCAUCGAUAUAACUAAGCCUCUAUACGCCCUCAACGGUGAUAUUUGUAGAUCUGUGGAACUGCGCUACCAACACGAUGUGGAAUAUCAAAACGUACCAGGAGUCAGGUUCGCAGUCAACGAUUGGUUUUUGAAUGAUGCAGACGGAUGUUUCUGCCUCAACGUGACGACCGGCAUCAACAGAGAAAAUGGCUGCCUACUGCAGGGUGCGAUGGAAUUGUUCUCCUGUGUUGGAGCGUACAUGGUGCUAAGCUAUCCACAUUUCCUGUUUGCCGAUUUUCGGUACAGAAAUGGAGUGGUGGGCAUGGAUCCGAUCAUCGACAAUCAUAGGAUAUUCGUCGACUUAGAACCGAACACAGGGACGAUUAUUCGAGGUGCUAAAAGAGCUCAAUUCAACAUAUUCAUGCGGCCUGUGACUAAUAUCCAUGUCACUGAGAAAUUAACGACUACAUUGACACCGGUGCUCUGGGUAGAGGAAGCCAUGUCGUUACCAGAAGUGUAUACCGCACAACUCACUACGGAUUUGCUUUCAACCCUGGACCUGAUAGCUAUACUGGUUCCCGUGGUUGUAGCUGCAUGCUGCGCGGUACUGCUCGUAGGAAUCAUAAUAGCAGCAUGCAUAAGACUCAGGAAGUCAAAACAGACAGAUAUUUUAUCUAAUACUUCUUCAGAAUAA